ACUGUUGUUGUAGUCUGUGAUCUCGACUCUAAUUCGAAUCGAAUUCGAAUCUCGAUUCUACAUUCUCGACAUAAAAUUAAAAACAAACAUAAUUCUUCUUUGAUAACUGUUACAUGAGUUAACGUUUUAAUGUAAUAUGUUUAAAAUAUAUUAUUUAAAAGUCACCAAAUUAGGUAGAUACCUACUUGGAAAGGGAUACGAAUUAAUAAUCCACUAUUUUUUGAUUUAAUAAGUGACCUGUGUCGUUUUUUUUAACGAAUUGGCAACUAAUGAACUAAGAAAUUAUAAUUGAACUAUGUACUUUGCCAUGGCAAAAUUUCGUGGUAUUUUUCAAAUGUAUCAAAAAGUUCUAGUCAGGCAUCCCUAUCUAGUUCAAGCUGUUCAAACUGGAACUUUAAUGGGCGCUGGUGAUCUUAUUUCACAAACUUUAAUAGAAAAAGUGUCUAUAGUUGAUUAUAAAAGAACUCUUAAAUUUUCAUCUAUUGGGUUUUUUGUUGGUGGUCCAGCUUUACGUGUUUGGUAUGGUUUACUAAAUAAGCAUGUAGGUGCUAGUGGUAAAACUGUGGCGAUGAAAAAAGUAUUUGUAGAUCAAUUCAUAUUCGCUCCAACAUUCUUGUUCUUUCUUCUAGUAGCAGUUGGGACUAUGCAAGAAAAGUCUUGGGAUUCAGUCAAAAAAGAUGUUCAUAGUAAUUACUUUGAUGUUCUAACAACCAAUUACUAUAUAUGGCCUUGGGUACAAUUAGUCAAUUUUUAUUAUGUCCCCCUGCAAUACCAAGUACUGCUAGUGCAGUCUGUUGCACUUUUUUGGAACACAUAUUUGUCAUGGAAAACAAACAAAAGAAACAAAUUAGAAUAAAAAGAUUAUCAUAAUUGUUUUUUUUAGGUACCUACAUUAAUUUUAUAAUAAUAACUUUUUUAUCUGGAGAUCUGUAUUAAAUUCAUAAUCCUACCUCAUCUAUACUGUAGUAAGAUUGCAUAGCAAUUUAAUUAUUGUAAGAACUGACAUUUUUUUUACAAGUAUUAUUUUACUAAAAAAAGAAAUAAUAUAAUUGAAGUAUUAAAUACAGUUAUUGUUUAUCUACCUUAAAUACUAUUUCCAUUAGUAUUUAGUACCUACUCAUACUUCUUGUGGUAAAAGGUUUUGAUCUGAAUUGUAUUGAUGUUUAAACUGUAACAUUUCUGUAUGCUUAUGUAAAUUACAUUAUUAUUUUACCCUAUAAUAUUGUAAUAGAAAAACAGCUAAUUAUAAAAAAUAUUUUGGCAGAAUGGCACAAGGAUUAUUGAACACUGAGUUUUGCUGUUUCUCUGUUUCAAUAUUAUGGAAAGACACAUGAUGGUAAAAAUUAAUUUCACUAUAAAAGUGAAUAAAAUGAAAGAACUACUAAAAUCUUGGUACAAUUAUUUAAUAAAAAUGACUUAAGUAAUUAAAAGCACAAAGUGAACAUAAAUCUUAUUUAAUGAAAAUGUCUUAUGUAAUUAAAAGCACAAAUUGAACAUAAA